AAGAAGUAGGAUACUCAAAACUACUUUAAGACCCCCUCGCCAAACCUUGUACUGCAGCCAACAUAUCUUCUUCGUACACUCUCAGCUAACUCCAUUCCAUAGAUUUCCACCUCUCUUCCUCCAAUUCAAUCGAUGGAGAAGCCGGAAAAGCUCCAUGCCGUGCUCCUCUCGAGCCCCGGCAUGGGCCACCUCAUCCCCAUCGUCGAGCUCGGCAGGCGCCUUGUCGCCGACCACGGCUUCGAGGCGACUGUCUUCGUCCUCCCCUCCUCGCAGGCCUCCCACGCCGAGGCCAAGAUCAUCGACUCCGCCAUGAUCCCCAAGCUCCUCCACGUCGUGGAGCUCCCGGCCCCCGACCUCUCGGCUGCAGGCCUCAGCCCGUACGCCACCGUGUUCACAAGGCUUGUGGUCAUGAUGCGCGAGGCCCGGCCGGCGUUCAGGUCCGCGCUCGCCGCGAUGGAGUCCCGGCCCGAUGUCCUCAUCGUGGACUUGUUCGGGACGGAGCAUCUGUGCAUUGGCGACGAGCUGGGGGUCCCAAAGUACGUCUACGUCCCAUCCAAUGCAUGGUUUCUUGCGUCGUUCUUAUACACGCCGACGCUGGACAAGGAAGUGAAGGGAGAGUAUGUGGACCGGACUGAAGCGUUCGAGAUCCCGGGUUGCAAGCCGGUCCGACCGGAGGACGUGGUGGACCAGAUGCUGGACCGAUCCAACCAGCAGUACCGCGAGUACGUGAGGCUGGCUGGCGAGAUACCGAUGGGAGAUGGAAUCUUGUUGAAUGUGUGGGAGGAUUUGCAGGCGGAGACGCUCGCCGCACUGAGGAAUGAGGAGUUUUUGGGCCGGUUCGCGAAAGGGCCGGUAUAUACGGUUGGGCCGCUCAUCAGACCGGUCAGACCGUCCGGUUUGGGGAAGGAGCUACUGGAAUGGCUGGAUAAGCAGCCGAGCGAGUCAGUGAUGUUGGUCUCGUUUGGAAGUGGAGGGACUUUGUCGGCUGAGCAGCUGGUGGAGCUGGCUUGGGGAUUGGAGCUGAGCCAACAAAGGUUUAUAUGGAUACUUCGAAAACCAACUGUCAAAUCUCUCGAUGACGGAUCGUUCUUUGAUGCGGGGAAGGCAGGCGGUGGCAACGACGAGCUUUCGAGCUUUCUGCCAGACGGAUUCACGGUACGUACCCGCGACGUCGGAUUAGUACUCCCGUCAUGGGGCCCGCAGGCAGAGAUCCUGAGCCAUCCAUGCGUGGGCGGCUUCCUAUCUCACUGUGGAUGGAACUCGACCCUAGAGAGCAUACUGAACGGGGUGCCCAUGAUCGCCUGGCCACUGUACGCCGAGCAAAGGCUAAACGCGACACUCCUAGCGGAGGAGGUCGGGGCGGCGAUCCGGCCGAAGGAGCUGCCGUCGAAGGAGGUGGCGGGGAGGGAGGAGAUAGCGAAGCUGGUGAGGACGAUGAUGGUGGAGGAAGGAGGGCAGGCGAUAAGAGCUAGAGUCAAGGAGCUGCAGAGGAGCGCAGAAGAGGCCGUGGCCGAAGGGGGUACUUCCUACGAGUCCCUGCGCAAAAUGAAGGAAGAUUGCAAAAAGAGGAUCCACCAGAUUAUGAAAGCUCAUUAAGUCGUCGCAUGCGUGCAUGGCCUUCGGUAGAAUGGAAUAAUUAUCAAUAAUGCAGAUUUGGCAGUACAAUGGUUGAGUUGGUUCAAGUGUAUUGAUGAUGUAGGGCUCCUUCCCCGUUCAAGUGUCCUCGGUAGAGGAGACAUUGCUUUCAGUACUCUCCCAAUAACUUGUUGUAUGGAUGAGCAAAUAAGUGUACUCGCGUACAUUCAACAUGAAAAACCCUCCCUCUUAAUCAUUCUU